AUGCCAGUCGACGAUUUUUCCGAGCUUUUCCCCCGCUAUUCGCAUCCCAAAGAAGCAGCACGCGAAUCUUCGACGUCGUUUCCGACCCGACCCCCCCGGUCUGCGCCCAGCCUACCUGCUCCGCCCCCAGCAACAGCGGCAACGUCAGCAGCAUCAGCUAAGAGUUAUUUUGAGGCACCUCAAAAGUCGCCCCCAGCAACAGUGGCAACGUCGGCAUCAGCUGCUAAGAAUUAUCGUCCCCCGUUCCACCGCCGCUGUGUCAGCAGCGUUCCCACGUGCAGCAGCGUCAACAGCGGCGUCAGCAACGGCGUCAAGAGCGGCGCGGGUAACAGCAGUCCGAGGUGGGGAAGCAAGGACGUUGCGUCAGAGCGCGGCGCCAUCGUGGCGCCGCGUCGCACUUUCAGCCAGCAGUUCAGCUCUGGCGAGAACACAUCUCCUAAUGUCAAUGUCGGGUCCACUAUAACGGGGUAUGCGUUCACCGCUCCAGCUGCUGCUUGGGCUGGUGCUGAGAGUAACAACAGCCCCCGCUGUAGUCACAGCCGCAGGCCCGGGCUCAAGCUCAGCAGUCCCCAACACGGCAGCGGCCGCUACAGCAACCGCAGCAGCCCACAGCACCGCCACAGCACCCAAAGCAGCCCUUCCAGUAGCUGCCAGGCUGGCAGAAAGCAAGGACACGUGGCAACAGGUUCCCGGAGCAGUCCACGUGGCAGGUCAGAGAAGCACCCGCCGCCCAGAAGCAGCUCCAACGGUUACCAGUUUCACCCCUCCAACAACUUCCGCUUCCCGCAUUCCAUUCCUGGCAGCAGAAGCUUUCCUUCCCCCCCAUCUCCCCCGUUCUGGGCCCCCUCCGCCCACUCCCCCAUCUCCACUCACUCCCCCACCUCUGCCUACUCCGCCCACUCCCCCAUCUCCGCUUAUUCCGCCCACUCCCCCAUCUCCGCCCACUCCCCCCAGUCUCCUUCCCAUUCCCUCCUCUCCCGCACAUCAGCUCACUCCGCCCUCUCCCCCUUCCCCAGCCCCUCGUCACAGCCGCGCCAUGCGCGCAUGCACUCUCUCUCCCUGCAAUCAACUGCCAGUCUUGAAUCAACUCACGACUCCCCCUUGUCAGCUCACUCCGCGCUCUCCCACCUCUCCACACACUCCGCCCUCUUCUCCCCCCUCUCUGCUGUCCCCGCCCCUUCAUCAAGGCCGCACCACACGCGCACAGGCUCUCUCGCCCUGCGGCCCUCCCAUAUGCCCUGCUCGCCUCUCUUCGCUUCCCCCGGUGGUGCCUCUGCUGCUCCGUCCCCGGCUUCUGAGCCUGGGUGGUCGCGCAGGUGGGGCAGCAGGAGCUUUCACAUGGAGCUCUAUAACGCGGAUGCUAGCCCCUGCAGCUUGCAGCAUCCCUAUGAUUUUGAUGCUCUGGAUCAGAAGCAGAAGCAGAAGCAACUGCAAGAUCCACGGCAGCAGCGAAAUCAUUACCAAAACCAACCCCAGCAGCAGCAACAGCAGCAGCAGCAGCAGCAGCAGCAGCAGACCCAUUCCCAAGGUUCUUUGCUGCCCCAUGGUUGUCGGAAAGAGCUGGCGGACCGGGAAGGAGAUGCAUGCAAUGAGUUAGUCGAUCAUGCCUUUGGCCUCUAUGGUGCUGUUGGGUUGAUGCAUCAGCAGCAAAUGCAACAGCAUCAGCAACAGCAGCAGCAGCACCAGCAGCACCAACUGCGACAGCAGCAGCAGCAGCAAGUGCAACAGCAAGAGCAGCAAGGGGAAGAAGAUGCUGCCAACUCGGACGAUGACUUUAUCGGGCUUAACCAGCAGCGGGGUGGCCGCAAGACUGCACUCGCCUCUCCCGGACCUCUCAGCCUCCAUGCUUCUUCCCCACAUCCCAGCCACCCCCACGCCAUUCCACCCCGUCCUAUUCCUUCUCCUGUUGCUCCCGUCGCAGAGACAAUGGGGAUGAGGGAAAGGAGGAAGGAGGGGAGGAAGGAGAGGAAGGAGGAGAGGAAGGAGGAGGAGGAAAGGAAGGAGAGUAAGGGGGCCAAGAAAGAGGGGAAGGAAGAAAGGAAGGAAAGGAAAGAGGAGAGGAAGGAGGAGAGAAAUGAAGCGAGGAAAGAGUGGAAGGAGGAGAACAAAAGAGAAUUGAAGGAGGAAUCGAAGCAGGAGAGGAACACUCAAGGAACGGAACCCUCUCCCCCACUUGGAGGUUCAGAUUCUGCACCCAGAGCAGCACGUCCCGCGCACGCAGUGGAGUAA